GGUACUUGGUCGGCUCGCCGUUUCUGAAACAGAGACGGAAAUUUCAUUUAGCUCGUUACCGCCGGGAACUUUCGCAGCGGCUGCGAUUAAUUCUCGCUCCUCUCUUUUUCUCAUCGCUGACGAGCAAUAAAACAAAAUACGUUCCGUCGAUUGCACUUCGUGCAAAUUUAAAUACCAACUAUGUUUAUUCAAAUCAAAUGUGGUACGAGGUCGUGUGGCAAAGGGAAUCAAGGAUAAUGAAAGUAAUUUCUCGUUUCGUUUCUAAAUACAGAAUUCAUUACGGUAAUCAGAACGAACUGCAAUUUUAGUUCAUUCAGCAAUCCAUUAUUGCAUACGUACUUUAAUAUCCGGAAAUAAACAUGGGAAAGGUCCCUACGAUAUUAUUAAAUUCUUCUUUCGAUAUCAUACGCCGUUUUGACAUUUAUUAAAUUCUAUAUUGAUGAACAAUAUUUCCAGGAAAAAAACAGCCGGGCGAUCCGCGAGAGGGAAAUUCAGCUUCCGAGAAGGGAAAUUGGACGAGAACGAUCCGGACGGACUUCUCGAUCGUUGUUAAAAUAGGACCGAGCUCGGAACCAUUAAUUUGCGUAGAUCCCCGUCGAAGGUGUCGCGAAUAAUGGCCUCGGCAGUUGUAGCUUUUAAUUUUCAUUCUAUUCGACCGGCAGCGUUUCAAUGGGCGAAAACAGCAGGCAGAGGGAGAGCGCGACUAGUUAACCAACGUGUCUCCCCGGCGCGCGUAAAUGCGGAUCGAAUCGCUUGUGCAACGUUGACAGUGUUCGAGCCCCCUUUUACCAACGUAAACUCGAACGACACGCGGAGAGACACCGUUUCAACGAAAGCGUCUCGAUAUUGUGUUCGAGUGGCGUCGAGUGCCGGUAGACCCCGUCUUUAGUUAUGCCACGUUAGUUACGCAAUGCUCACCUCGCGAUAAAUUAUGCCGCGUAUACAUCCUGCAGGACGAACGUUCCGAUCGAGCAAAUUUAUUCUCACGAUUGCUCGCGUGCAAAAAUUGUCCAUUAGCAAACUUAUUCGAAUCGCAGUAAAUGAAGGUGUAUCGGUGCUGCUCGUGGUGGAAUAUAUUUUUGGACAGGGUCGAUAACUUCGUCAAAGCAACUUUGAAAUAACAUUGUCCAUGAAAAAGUGUCUAGUUCAACUCGACCGAGUCAAAGGAGUAUUGUAUCGAGCGCAUUCCAUGUCAAAUAUUGACUCGUGCUAAAACUAAACUGCUCUUUUGAAAAGAUUUUUUUCACAAAAACCGCGGCUGGCAGUUCGACUAGAAAUACAAAAUUGAUACAAAGAGCGUUAUUUCCAUAGAUGCGAGAUUGCUCGGAACCUGAAUUAAAAAUUUAAUUACUUUUUCAUUCGACCGAGGAAUAAUGGCCUCCGGAUGGGAGAUAAUUAAUAUCCAUUGUCUCUUUAUUUAUGACUAAAAUUAAAAGUUACUUUCCGAUAAAUCGCGCAACGUUGAAUUAUGUCGUUAUACGUUAUUGGCUUCGUCGAGACUUAUUUUCAAUAACUGCAAUAGUAAAUACGAAUCGCGAAAACAACGCUCGUUACUCGAACUUGUAAUAGCACGCAAUCGAGAAAUCAAUUUUAUUCGCGAAGCUAAUUUCUGUUAGGUCUAAGCCGAAGAGGCACGAUCAAUGGGCGAAGUUUAGUGGCACGCCGCCAAACCGUACCGUCGAUCGAUCCUUUCGAAAAGUGACGUUCCCCGUGAAUUAUGCGAUUGCCUUUACGGACAUAUGCUACCGUUUCCAGAUAUUCACACGUAUCAACCGCGGUACUGCGGCCUGACGUUUGACUUGCUCCCGUUGGCAAGCCGAUCUCGCGAAAGGUCCCGGCUAUUACCAUUCGCCUUAUUUGCUCAGGCCUGUGGUUCUCCUUUCAAGUCCGCAUCAAACGCCGCGUAAUCCGGCGAUAUAUGAGCCUCAUUCGUAACUUGUAAUCUCGCACGAUAUGUUCGACAUAACUCAGAAUUAGCCCUUUAUAAACGUUGCCGCUGCUUUAGAACAAGAACCAUCCUUCGUACCAAUAAUUCCCCUGUCGAAAGUUUCCACACCGGAUACGAUACGAGCAUUUAUCGAACGAAUACUCAAUGAAAUUUACAACGUAAUUAUUCAAUAGCAGAAUGGUGAAAAUACCAAUCAUGCAGCUUCAUCUCAAUUCUGGUCCAUUUUUGAAACAGUAAGAUUAUAUGGUAUUCUUAUAAUAGCAAACGUACAGUUGCGUUGGGCGAAGGGUUCGUGUCCCUCGGUUCCGAUCCCUCGAAUCAAUUAUCAUUUCAUUCGUAGGAAAUUACCGAUAAUUCCAAUGGCUGUCAGAUUAGGGAUCGAUUUUCCAAAAAAGCGCAAAAAUGUUCAUGAGUCGACGUAAGCGGCUUAACGGCGCGCGUCCGCGGCAGCUGUCCUCCCGAUCUAUCGGAAACCCAUCGCUUUAUAUAUAUUGUUCAUAGCGCGUACGUUAAUCCUGUAAAUACCGAAAUUACCCGGGUAGGGCAGAAAAAGGCGCAGCGUAUAACUAUUCAUUCGCUCAGGUACGCGUGCACGCGUGUUGGCGGAUGAGGGGUUUCUCCGAACUCGCGACUAUCAUUCGAUGAUUAAUAUUCGCAUAUAAGUACCUUACGAUCGAUCAGUGGCAAAUAAUUAGAUGUGAACGUUCUCUUUAAUAAAAAUGCGUUACUACUCUCAAAUCCUGGAUAUGAUUACUGUAAUUCUGAUGUGAAUAAAACAUAUGUAUAGUAGAAUAGUAGAUUUAAAUAAUUCCUGCAACGUGAAAAGGUUUCUAUUAUUUAGUUUUUUCAUUCAGGUUUCGAAUUGAUUUUUUUAUUACAAGGUGCCAGUGUGAGAACAUCCACGUCCAUACAAAAGUCUAACAAUUUCGUGACUCGAACCAAGGCGAAGCAAUGCCUGUGGCGAGGCAAACAGGUACCACUCCACCUCGGUAAGAGUCUUGCCGAGACAUCUCGACAGUCUCGACGGUCUCGACACUUUCACCAGUCUCGAUGAGUGUCUGCUAGCAUAUGGAUAAUAUAUGAUAAAGUGGAUAGAUGUGGUUGUGUGAUAGGCCAGUACAUAUACCUCAUCUGUGCUUCCACGCACGAAAUAAUAUAAUCAUGUAUCCUAACUCCUGACCAAUCGUAAUUAAACAUAAUAGAUAUGAAGUUAGUAAAGUAUCGUUUCUCGAAUGUAGACGCAGUCCCAACGAAUCUGGUCUUGUGGCUUACUUCACAUGAAUGAUAUUUGUGUGUACGUAACCACGUGAACCAAGCAGCAACAGAUGUAAUUGAAUGUAGGCACUAUAAAUUUAAAUGAUACUGCUCUGAUGUCAGUUACUGAACUCGAAAACAUUUCCUACCAAUUUUUACAAUAAUAAUAUGGUACGACAUGAUUUAUCGUAUUGUAAUAAAAUGGAAGAAUUGAAAUGAGUGCAACAAUAUUUAUUUUGUUAAUAUUCGUCGAGUUUGUGUGAUCAUUUUACUGCUGUUUCACACUUUUUGCUUUUGUUUACAUCCUUAUCCUUCGCAUAAGGACAUGCUUUGGAAUUGAAACAAAGUAUAGAUAGAUACUACCGGAUUGCUAGAUUUCAGGAUUGUUACGUGACAAAGGAUGUCUAAUCAUAAGGAUGACUUAUUGCAUGAAGCAAACUACGGAAUACAUACUGGAAAAUGUACAGAAUUGAGUGAUAUCAAAUGGCAAGUUGACGACACCAUGGAGGAGAAUAAUUCGCAAAACUUCUGUUUAAAAUUGUCCCAAACUUCUAUCAUAUCUGAAACUGAAGUUACAAACGACGAUGAUGUGAUAGUGAUCAGUGAUUCUAGUUCUGAAUCAAGCUGUUCUCCUAAAUAUGUCUCCAGACUGAAAACGAUAGUGAAGAAGUUUCCUAAGAAAGAGAAAACAAUAUAUAUUAAUGAUUCUACAGAUUCCGAAAAGAGUGAAAAUGAUAACUAUCUGGAAGCAUGGAAAGAAAAUAAAAAGUCUGUUGUCAAUAAUUACCAGUGGAAGAAUACUGAAUCAGAAAAUAUGUAUACAUCUGAUGAAUCUUCUAGUAGUAUUGAUUUUCUUAAGAACUAUGUUGCAAGUUCAGAUAAGACUGGUAGUAGUUAUAUCUCUUGUACAACAAAUAGUGCUAAAACAAAUAGUCAGUCCGAUCUGAAUACAAGAAAUGAAAAAUACACAGCACCAAGUUCUGUCAUUAAUAGAAAAGAACCCAAGAAUUCUAAUGUCAAUAUUCAACCAACUAAGACUAUAUCUUCUAUACUUAAAAAUUAUAAUGAUAUUAAGAAAACCCUUACUCCAAAAGACACUAGGAAUAUCAUGAAAAAUAUCAAGUCUAAACGAAUAGUAUAUGAUUCACCAAAAGUGCGAAAGACAAAUGUGGAAUCUGAUGAAGAGGUAAAUGAUAAUAUCAGGCAUCCUGCUAUUUCGCCUAGAAGUCGACCUAUUCCUGAAACUCCGGUAGAUUCUGAAAACGAGAUCGUUCCAGAUACCCAAGAAAACUUAGGAAAUGGUGAAACUCAUGUGAGCAAGUAUUUUAAUACGCCAGCUGUGGAAAAAAACGUAGAUACAGUGUAUACUAAAUUAUCAGAGAGAAAGAAAGAGCAGAUCUCACAAUGGCUUAUGGCAAAUGUAUCUGAAUCUCAAGAUGAUAGUUUUAGCAUUGUGCCUCCCAGCAAUAAAGACGAUACAACCUCGGGUAAUAGUAGUUUAGAGAGAUUAGAAAGGAAUUAUGAAACUCCAAAUAACAGAGGAAGAAUACAUCAGCAGCCUGUUGAAAACGAAAUUAAACAUCCAGACACUAAUAAAACACCUGGGACUGUAGUACGACAAAAAACAAUAAAUGAGUUUGUUCAGAAAACGAAAGAUAAUAAAUUAAUUUUGUCUACAUCAAAAAAGACUAUUGCUAAGAGUAACGUUCUCUCAACUGCUAAUGAACAGAAAAAUGUGGACAUCAUGGACUGUGCGCAUAUAUUAGACAAACUAUACGGUAAAUCUUGGCGUGAUAAAGCUGACGUACUGUUUCCAAAUUCUGAACCACGUAAGCAAGCGGUUCCUGUAAAAAGUAGAGCUGUUCAAACUGAAAGGAAACAAAUAAGGAGGAAAAAAUCUUAUAUAUCAGACACAGAUGAUGACUCUGACACGUCCUUAAAGGACUUAAAUGUACAAAAUUCGCCAAGGAAACAAACCGUUCAGAACACUGUUAAACGAAAAGAUAGCUUCAUUAACGAUGAGAGCUCAGGAAGUGACUCGGAAAGUUUGUAUUAUACUGCAUUGACAAAUCCUAGAACAUCAGCGAGCAGUACACAAUCAAAAUCAAAAGCUCCUCCCAUCAACAAUCGUUUGUUCGUAAUAUGUGAUACGGACACAGAAGAUGAAAAUCAGAAAAACAACAGAGAUCAAGGGUCUAAUGUAAGAGGAAGGAAGUUAUCAUUUAGUAAUGAUGAAAGCGAAGAUACAAGUACCAGCGAAUUUGACCCUGGCGAUAUCGUGCCACCUAAACCCACUUCUAAAAAAGGUUCCACUAAAAUUGUACGUCAAUUACCUAAACCAACUGUUGAAAGUAAAACAAAUGUUGAUGCAUCGAAGUACAAGAAAUGUAACAGUUUCUUGGCAUCGUUAUCUGAAAACGUCCCUAUCGCUGAAGCGCAUCCAGAUGCUAAGAAAUAUAGACUGAAUUUUAAAGAUAACAAAGAGAUGUUGUGCACAUAUUUGUAUAAAUUAUAUAAUGAAAAAGUAUUUGACAAGCAAUUGCCUGAAAAUAUGACUAUAGACUGGAAUAUUCGCAUGAGAGGAACCGCUGGUUAUUGUUACAACAAGAAAUCAGUGAGGACACUCGGUGGUGUCGUAAGAUCGUCGCGAAUAGUUUUAGCAACGAAGAUUUUAGAUACUCCUGACAGACUGAGAGACACUUUGAUUCAUGAAAUGUGUCAUGCUGCUGCCUGGUUGAUAAAUGGUGUCUCUGACGGACACGGUCCACUCUGGACGCAAUGGGCUAACAAGGCUAUGCGAACAUUUCCUGAAAUACCGCCAAUUAGAAGGUGUCACGAUUACAAGAUCAAAACCAAAUUUACGUACAGAUGCGUAGGCUGCGGAUACAGCAUCGGUAGACAUUCUAAAUCAUUAGAUGUGGAAAGAAAACGCUGUGGUCAUUGUUACGGUAGAUUCGAGUUGCUAUUAAAUAAGACAACGAAAUCUGGUACUAUUCAAGUGCAAACACCGAAGAGAGAGCCUUCCAAAUUUGCGCUUUUCGUGAAAGAGAACUACAAUUCCGUGAAAAAAGAGCGUAACAUGAGACAUGGCGAGGUGAUGAAAAUUUUAGGUCAGCAAUUUUCUGCAAUUAAAAUUGCACAGCGACAGGAAAUCAAUGAAAACGCAGAUACUCCUUAUUAAAUAAGAAACGGGAAUUAAGCAUUGUUAUAAAUGCAUUUUAACGUAUUUAUAGAUAUAGAUUUUAACUUAAGCUAUUUUAAUUUUAUGGUUUUUACAAUUGACAUGACUUUACCAUUACAGGCAAAAAAUGUGGCACUCUACAUUUUUCUUAUAAGCGAGAUAGACACCUACUAUAAAUAUUUUGUAUAUUUUUUUUUAUGAACAGGCUAUUCAUACGUGAUACAUACUUGUAAAGUUUUGUACCAAAAUAUCUAAUAAAUGAUUUAAACAAAUCGAAUUGUGAUCUUUCAUAAGACUAAAGUUGUGACUCAAGCUAUCAUCAUUAUCUAUUGCCUAUCAAACCAAACUCGUCGGUGUGCCGUUAUAGCCAUUUACCGACUUCCUCGGUGCCGAUUACCACUGAAAAAAGCGAUUGUCAAUUGUUUUCAGCUUCAUUGGACUAUUCCAACAAUUACACUGCCACUCUUUAACAAUAUCUCGCCGGUGACGCGUGUACUGCUUUACUUUUGAUUAAUUUAAAGUCUGGCGCAUGGAUCCUAUCAAAUGUGGCAGAUUCUCACGACGAGGGACUCGGUAAAUCGUUUCAUAAGAACGAGACUUGAGAUUUUUCGCGUGUUUCCGUGCGCAUGCCUUAGAUCGACGGUGUGGCGGCGGCAUCAACAGCGCACUCUAAAAACAGUCGAGCCGAAGAUGGCGACGUGCAAGUGGCGGUGUCGGUGCGGUAUUUAAGAGAAAGGACCAUGUUGUUGCCGCAGUGUUCGCAGUGUUUCCGUGAUCCGCAUUGAGUUCGGUGCAAAUGUAGGAAUGU